UCUAUCAAAUCAUUUCUUUACUUCUGGUUAUUUUAUUUCACAGAAGGAGACACAGGAGGGUCUUCAUCACUCAGCUAUCCUCCAGCAGACAGUGUGUGAACUAUAUUCUAUGCUAGGAAUUUAUGAAGGAUCCCAGAUGGGGAAGAUAAUGGGUCAAAACAUAACGAACGUUACAAUCUCUAAGACUAACAAGGAGGACAAACCGAGGAAUCCACUCAAAAGAAAAAAUCCUGAUGAUGGACAGAAUGGAUGUAAGAAGCCCAGACUAGAGACAAUGCCUUCUGGUGCCCAAUCCAGAAAGAAAACCAUCUACAGUAAUGAGCAGAUCAAGUUCCUUCAGAACCAGUUUGACUGUAACCCGUAUCCAGAUUUUGUGAGCAAAUGUCGUAUGUCUCAGAUCACAGGGAUCCCAGAACCCAAUAUACAGGUUUGGUUCCAGAACAGAAGAGCAAGAUAUCUCUCAAGAAGAAAUCAAAUCCCGAAAAAGAAGAAACCUACAGCUCAAAUCCUUCUUGAUGUUUAUGAGAAGCUUCCAUCCAUCUCCAUGGAGGAUAUCUGGAUGUAGUGAGAUACUACAUCAAUAGGGACCUCUGUAUUUUUAUCAUGGAGGAUCUAUUUGGGUUCUUAAAAGAGCAGCUUAUAAAGUAUUACAGUUAUUUUUUAGUGUUUUAUGGCUCAUCAGUAUCUGAAUGUUGGAGGUCUGACUCUUGACACCCCUAUGAUCAUCUGUUUGCAGAAGCCAUAGUGCUUUGACUCUUGAGGAGUUCAUUUACAUCAUGAAGCUCCCACAAUGUACCCAGAAUAUAAAGAAGGAGACACAGGAAGGUCUUCAUCACUCAGCUAUCCUCCAGCAGACAGUGUGUGAACUAUAUUCUAUGCUAGGAAUUUAUGAAGGAUCCCAGAUGGGGAAGAUAAU